AUGCGCAUUCCGCCAACUUCUCAGGGCUCUGCCCUAACAGGGGUGCGCCUCCGCCCUCCUCGCAGCUUCCGCCCCGCCGCUCCACUCGCGGUAGGCACACACACCAUGAAGAAGAGAGACACGAAGUCCUUCAACCGGAGCCUGCCAGAGUGGAAGCUCUUCAUCUACAACCAGACCACCAGAGAGCUCCUGGGGCGCAAGGCCAAGAGCUGGGGUUUGAUCUUGAUCUUCUACCCAGUCUUUUACGGGUUCCUGGCUUCACUCUUUUCAUUCACGAUGUGGGCCAUGCUUCAUUCUCUGAACGAAGAUGGUUCCAAAAUAUCGUGA